UUGGGGGCUCGGUGGGUGUGUGUAGACGGCUGUAUAUACAGGUCCCCCUAACCUAAGCACAUGCAUGCACUACGGGCUUCAACUGUAUGUGCCUUCAUCUUUUUACACCUCAGCUCUUCCUCCUGACAAGAAGCGACAUGACAUUCUACAGGCACUCAGGUCCCAGGAGCUACCUUACCUCCACCAUGACAGAGCGUUUCGACUGCUUCUACUGUCGUGACAACCUGCAUGGGAAGAAGUAUGUGAAGAAGGAUGACAAGCACGUGUGCACCAAGUGCUUUGACAAAGUGUGCGCGAACACGUGUGCUGAGUGCAGGCGACCCAUCGGCGCAGACUCCAAGGAGCUGCACCACAAGAACCGCCACUGGCAUGAGGACUGCUUUCGCUGCGCCAAGUGCUACAAGCCGCUGGCCAAUGAGCCCUUCAGCGCCAGGGAUGACGGCAAGAUCAUGUGUGGCAAGUGCAGCUCCGUAACCGACGGCAACCGCUGCCAGGGAUGCUACAAGGUGGUGAUGCCAGGCACCAAGAGCGUGGAGUAUAAGAACAAAGUGUGGCACGAGGAAUGCUUCACCUGCUUCGAGUGCAAGCAGCCCAUCCGCACGCAGAGCUUCCUGACGAAGGGUGACGACAUCUACUGUGCACCCUGCCACGACACAAAGUUUGCCAAGAAGUGUUUCCACUGCAAGCAGCCCAUCACCUCUGGAGGCAUCAGCUACCAGGACCAGCCCUGGCACUCCGAGUGUUUUGUGUGCCGUAGCUGCCGUAAGCCACUGUCGGGCACCCGCUUCACCUCCCAUGAGAACGCCUUUUACUGUGUGGACUGUUUCAAGAGCGACGUGGCCAAGAAAUGCCAUGGCUGCAAGAACCCCAUCACAGGGUUCGCUCGUGGCACCAAAGUGGUGAACUAUGAGGGCUACUCCUGGCACGACUACUGCUUCAACUGCAAGAAAUGCUGCCUCACCUUGGCCAACAAGCGCUUUGUCAUCAAUGGAGAUCACGUCUACUGUCCCGACUGCGCCAAGAAGCUGUGAGCGGUUCAUGUGAUCCUUCCUCCCCAAUCAUUUGAAAAGAGCUUUAAAAAGCAGCACCUGAGGAAAAGCAACAUAAAAGAUUGAAAUGCAGCUUAUGCCAAAUUUGAUGAAUUAGCCAGCACUUUACAUUUAGAGGUUGUCUUGCUUGAAUUGUCUAUCUGCACAUAACAUACAGUAUACAGCAGAGAGGCAACAUACUUACUUUUAGGAGUAUUCUAGCUUUGGAAUGGUCAAUGCGGAAAUAUAACCAGCUGAUGUAUUUCUUGUUGAGUGACGCUAAAAAAUAAAGCAUGACAAAUAAAAGAUGGUCUCAA